AAUUCAAUAGAUCAAUACAACCAUUACCUGGAGUGUCAGGUGAUUAUCAGGUCAUGAAACCAUCUAAAUCACAAAAACCGCUGUCUUUGAUUAAUCCUCAGUUUUUCUAAAGCAAUGGACUUUUAAAUAGCUAAUUACGACAGGUGUAAUCAAAUCACAGCUUACCUUUGUGACACGGUUAUCCAGCACUUCAUAACAGUUAAUUAGUCAAUGGCCGCCAUGACAGUCUGGUUAAUCAAAGCGAUGUUGAUAGGCUUUUGGCGGUAUAUUUGAGUAGUGUUUAGACAAUCAUAAAGUAAGCAUUAGUUUUUUGAAGCCACGUGAGUAAACGUUGAUUAUUUUAGUUAGUGAAAGAGUAUAUAAGGCGAAAAACAGAGUUCCAGUUAUAUAUCUACUUGCAGUCCUACAAAGCGCUUCAAGAGAAUUAAAUACAACGUUUUAUUUAUAGUUAUACCUACUUCAGAACACAAAGGAAUAUACACAUUUAAUUGUGAUAAAGGAUUAUUUGUUGUUGAAACAUGGAGAUCUUGCCCACACAUCGUCCUCGAAAUAAAGUUGAAACGAUGAGUAUAUUGAAAAGAUUAUCAAUAAUUGUUGGCGUAUUGGUGUUAAGUUUCCUAUUUAUGACGUCACUGAUAUAUUUUACAUCUUCAACUGUUCUAUUGGGAGAAAAUUCAACAGAUUAUAUUUUAUUAUGGAGACCUGAUAUUUUAUGUAAUCCUAUCACCACAUUGAUGGUUGGUAUCCUGGCGUCAUCAAUAUUACAGAAUCAACAAGUUACUUUGUUUAUCAUAAUAACCAUGGUUACAGAUAAUAUUAUUCACCUGUCUGCAGCCAUACCGUUAAUAAUGGGGAUGAAUAUUGGUUCUAGUUUGACACCAGCACUGACGGCCAUGUUUUUAGUCAAUAAGAGAUGUAGAUUUAGUCAGGCUGUAUGUAGUGUUUUAUUAUCACACCUGGUUCACUGGUUUACGACGAUAAUAUUACUACCAUUAGAAUUGGCUACAGGUUUUUUGGUGCAUGUAUCUGCGUGGAUAUUUUAUGAAGAUUUUCCUGUUAUCGCUACCUAUCAACAAUAUGGUUUAUUACAAGGUGUAUUAAAACCAAUCACCGGUUAUAUUCUACAGCUUCAGCUUAAUGACACCACAUAUGAUACAUACGAAACAGUCUCACUUAACAGAACCAUUCAAUGUAGAGGAAUAUUAUGUGAAAGCGGAUUAAGCACAGUGACAAUAGGAUUACUACUGAUGAUAACCAGCUUGAUAGGUUGUAUAGUCUUCACCAUCCUCACCAGCAAGCUCGUAUCAAGGAAAGAUAACUCUACCUAUUCUAUGUCUACCAACGUACCCAAAGACUACUGUUCAUACCUGAAGGGACUUGGUCUGGUUGCUGUCGGAUGUGCCGUUACUAUGUUAGUACAGGAUAAUAUUUUGAUCCAGUGUGCCGCGUUACCUAUCAUCGGUGCUGGGUUCCUGAAUACAGAGAAAGUCUAUCCGUUGAUAGUUGGAUCCAAUACUGGAGCAGCAGUUUCCAUCCUCUUGCAAGCUAUGUCCGAUCCGAUGACGUCUGCCGCGGGUCUCCGGAUUCUCAGCAGUCAUCUAAUGUUUAAUAUAUGUGGCCUGGUUUUGUUCUACUGCAUUCCCUACAGCAGCAGGAUACCUAUACACUUUGCAGAGUCUCUGAGCGAGAAGAUCCGGGAAUAUCGAUGGGUUAUGGUUGCUGUGAUCACCUUGGCGUUUUUCCUGUUGCCUCUUGCCAUCUUCGGAUUCGCCUUAGCCGGACCACAUUAUGUUAUCAUUUUCAUCUCCUUCCUGCUGUUUAUGGUACUAGUCAUCACGACCAUCAGCUUGAUGCAGAACUUCUGUCCAGAUUAUCUGACCCCUGCCAUGAGAUCCUGGGAAUUUUUACCGCCAUUUUUAGAACCGUACAACAGAUGCGCCAAGAACAUCGCCAAUCGUGCAGGAUCCAUCAGAUGUACCAGAUCAUCCCAAAGCUUUAGCCCAGAUCAAUCAAAUAUCAGAGCUUCCAGGUGUUCCGUUAUUCCCAAAGAUGUUCAAGUUUCAGUUCCCACGAAAUCUUCAUGCUGCUGUUGCCCAUGGUUAGUGUCCAGCUUUACCACGAAGUACAGUCUUUCUGUUCCACCUCAGACCUCCACACCAAAAGUACCAGAAUUCCCAAAGCGAACACCACUCCUUCUCAGUUUUAAACCCGACAGCGCCCGCGAACUCCUCGAAUGUUCUUAUUCCAAGUAUGAUCCUAAAGAAGCUCUGAAUUUCGGUACCUUAGGUUUUGAAGAUGAAACAUUUUCCAGUGACUCAGAUGACUCAUCCGAAGAUCCAACCGACUACACAAGGAGCUCGUCCACCUCGUCCUACGCCUCGAUAUCUGAUGAUGACGAACAGUUACUUCUAUUUAAUGCCUUCUAGACAUUUUGAUAAUAAAAAUAAAAGGUUAGUGCCAAGAAAAAAGAGAAGAAUACCCUGUGCUUAGUGAACAUUUUCUUGCAACCAAGUCUUCCGGGACACAAUGACUCGACGCAUUGUUUCAUUCCAUGUGUUGUACGUGCAUAGACUCCAGUGCUUAGUGUUAGUGCGAUAGAGUGACUUUAUAUUGCAAAUCUUCCAAAACACAGUAACACUUUUGGGAGUAAAUGUUUUAUUGGAUUUUCCACAAAUAAAAAUAAUACCACAAUGCCAAGGGUACGUGCAACUGUUUAACAUCAGUCGUCAGUCAGGACACAAUGACACUGUUGUUUUAUUCCAUGUAUUAUUGUUUUUGUAACAACUUAUAUUUUAUUUUAAUCCGAUUGUUGUUUUAUUUGAGACCUGAUACGGGUUAUUUUAUAUAGUGUGUGAUUGAAGAAAUGUGACAUUGAACUGAAUGACGGCGAUACGAUGUUUUAUUAUCAACUAGUAGGAUACCCGGUUUUGUCAGGGGCCCCAAUUCGCCCUAGGCCAAUUCGCACCGUACCCAAAUUCGCACCGGGGCCAAAAUUGGACAGUCAUGCUGGUUAAUUUGAUACAACAUAUGUGAUGUGGGGAUGGAGCAUGCUCACAAGUUUAUUC